AUAAGUAUUUUCUUCUUUUUUUUCACAAUGGUCUUAUUUUAAGUAAACAGGGAAUGGAAACCUGGUAAGACUACACUUUAAAAUUUAGAAACAUUUUAGAUUUUAGCCAUCAUUUGUACAUCAUAUUAAAGGAGAUAAUUGUGUCAUAUCUUAAAUCUGUAGUAUGAGAUUAUAAGAGAGAUUUGAUGUCUUUAUAGCUUCAAGUGAGCAAUUUGUUUCAUUGAAUAAUCAUUCCAUUUAACUUGGACAUGAUUAGUCAAGGGCUCCUGUUUACAACGUGACAGAAUGGCACUCCUCUGGAUAAGUAAGUCACCUCAUUUAGUUCACACAGCUAGCCACGUAUCUGUUGUUAGAAUGAAAGACAAUUGAUAAGGAGAGUCUAUUUGCUGCACUGGAACACUCUAAGGCAAUAAGAAACCAUUUAAAAUGAGCCACGUUUUUGUUGCAGCCUUCCUGUGAAUUACUGUUCUCAAAGUUGAACUCUGGAUUUAGAUUUUUUAAUUCUGACAAUGAAAUAUUCGUCUUUGUUUCACAGAUGGGCAAGUACACUAUAAAAAUAGAACAGUUAUUUCACAGGAAUUUUUGCCGUAUUUGGUAGAUGUUCAUUUGAAAUUGCUGGGAAUUUUUGGAUAAUUUUGGUGUGUAAUAAAUGAAUGAAUAAGAGAAUGAGUGAGCAAAUGCAUGUUAUUAAACUCCAAUGCAUGUGAGACAUUUUAAUAGGUACUUUCACAUAUGCUCUCUUUUUACAAACAAUCUGCACAAAAAUCCUGUUUCUUAUGUGCUGCGAUUCAGUGGCCUUCUCCCCUCUUUCAGAGGGUGGGGGAAUUAUCAAUGAGACCGAGUGAACAAAUUAGUUACUCGUGUAAAAAUCAAGAACUGAAGUCCAAGACACAGAUUUUAACACCAAAACUUGACAGAACAACUGAUAACCAAGAAGACCUAAGAUUUCCUUACUUUUAAUUUGAAUUUUACUGCUAAAUAAAUUCUUACAGGAGUCUCAGAGGGAAAUGAUUUGAAAUUGCUUUUUGAAGAGCAAAAAUGUAAAAGUGACAACCAUAAUGACUGUGGAAGUCAGCAUACUGCAUUGCCAUAUUGGAGCUGAGGACAAUAACUCUUUCCUAAAUCUUGCUCCUGAGAUGCCAAAAUUGAUUAUGAUCUGUGUACCAUCCUUUCUUCAACAUGAAUCUUGUACCAUACAACUAGGACCUUGGGGGUAGGUUGCUAGUUUGACCACUGAACACAACUUAGACUAACCUGGGAAGUGUCUCAGUGAUUGUACAGGUCGGGUUUGCUUGUGGGAAUCUCUGUAGAAUGGGUGUUAUUUUGAUUUCCUCUAUUGAUAUGGAAAAAUACUUGCCUGAAAGUUGGUGACAACUUUCCCUGGCAUGGGACCCUGUCCUGUUGAAAAGGAGAAAAACUAGCUGGGCACUUGGCACAUAUGUAUUUAUUCUCUCUCUAUUCUUGGAUCUGAUAUAACUAGCCUAGAGUUUCUGCCUUGACUUCCCCACAGGGGUACUCUACUUUGGAAUUAUAAUCCAAAUAAACUUCUUCUUCCUCAAAUUGCUUUUGUCAGGCAUUUUUUCAUAACAACAAAAUUGAAACUAGAACAGGCUGGAUGAGGAGACAGUGAUCUACCCAAGCUUUCCUGCUGCCCAGAUACUGGUAGUGGGAUGGCUGCCUUGCUCCCAAAUGGAUUAGUUACUGUACAUUCAUUUAUUGCCUAACCAUUCCAUCCUGUAGCAAGACACCUUGAGGAAAGGUUGAGCAAAUAUUUUACAUGAAACUCAAGUCAAAGGAAACUAGUCAUUAACUGUGACUGUUCCAGAGGCAUCUAGACUGGGAGCCAGAGAAGUAGCAAUAGACUCCUAUGUUAGUGACAACACUGAGAGCUCAAAGGCGUGAAGGCAUCAUGGGGGACAUCAGAGUUAGUGAGAGUUUUGUGAGACCUGACAAGAUCUUAAGGGAGAUGGCAUGUCCAUCCGAAGUAAGGACAUAGAAGUGCUUACAAAGGUUAUUAAAGGAGCCAUUAGAGGCUUGGAAUUAUUUGGCAAGUAUAAUUGGUUUGUUUCUUUCUGUUAACUUAUUGAAAGAAGUAUCAGGAAAUCAACAGGAUUUGUGGAGUAGAGAGGAUAAACCAGAUAAGGGUGAAAGAUGUUUACUAACACAUUUUCUCACUUAAACCUUCAAGAGACCCUGUAUUAUCAUUACCCUGUUAUAGAACAGAAAAUGGGAGUUUGAGAAAUUUAACUACAUUGAUAAUGUAUGUGGAGUUAAGAUACAAUUAUUAAUACUUAAGGAUAUAUUCUCUCCUACUGAUUAAUUUCUAAGCAAAUUUAUUUAAUUGAUUUGUAAUCUCUUUGAUAGCAAUGAGCUGAAUAAUUUUAGGAAAGUCCAUGGAAAAAAGACUUUGUUUAUAUCACUUGCUUAACUAAUUAUACGAAACCAUUUCUACUGAAGAUUUAAAUGCACUAAGUUCACUAGCAAAGAAGAGAAGGAAAAGGAAUCAAAAACAGAAGCCACAUGGUUAUUGGCAAUGACUAUUGAGUCUGAUUGGACCCUGAGCAUGUUUUCUGAAUCUCUUAGGUUUUCUGGCAAGAUCAAGUAUGUUCAGUGUGCUAUUGUAAUAGACUCUGUGAUACAUUUUUAUGGAAAUUGCAAGCAAGAAGCCCCCAGAAUAACAAUCUGAAAGUGAAUGAAACUGUGCACAAUUGUAGUUGGUGAUGAGCAUCAAGAAGAAUCGAUCACCAUCAAAUCCCUAUUUCCAUUCUCCCACUAAGCUGUACUUUGCUGUGUUAUCUCCCCCAAUCUGUUCUCGGUCCUCCCUGUAAUGGAGUGUCAUUUUACAGUCACUAGGAUGAGGUUUGCUAUUCUAUUCUUUAGCUGACAACUGUUUAAAUGGGAAGGUAUCGUUAUUGUUGUUGUCUGAAGUCAAGUUUAAGACUGACUUCAUAUCUAGGGCUUCCCCUUUUCUGCAUGAGAAUACCAUGCCCCAAACAGAAUAUGCUCGUCUGUCUGUGGAAUAUCAUGGACUACAGCAGCAAGUAAGCUGUUAAGGACAUUCAACACGAGAAAUGAAUGUAUGUGAUUGAAAGUCAUUAAAAUAUUUUGCUUAGUUGCUUCAUUUAGCUGAUUAGCAUACCAAUUUUGGUUUGGAAAGUUAUUUGUUUUUUCUACAAUAGAGAGUUUUCCCUUGGUAAGAUUGAGGAAUUGUAAUGGUAAAAAUAGGCUUAUGACAGAAUUUAGGACAGUGCUUUAUUGAUUUAAAGUUUGUCUAAAGAAAGAAGUCCACAUUUGUAAUAUCAGAGUAUGAGGUAUAAAUGUUCUUCUUAAUUAAUCCCAAACUACCAGUAAUGGUGUCACUGAAUGGGGAAUUAGGAAGAUACAUAUCAACCCUUUUGAGCAGGAUCUGGCUCCAGCACACUGUUGAAUUCAGAGUAGAGCAUAGAGCAGGCACCAUGCUACUGCCUAUAAAGUCAAGGACACCGUAGAAAUGUGCCUUUGCUGAAAACAAGUGACUUCAAAGAAAUGGAUGCUUAAGUUUUCUCUGGUUUUAAGUUUUCUGGGGCUAAAGAGAUGGCUCAGAGGUUUCCGGACUUACUGCUCUUCUAGAAGAUUCAAUUCCCAGCACCUGCAAAGUCAUUGAUAACUGUCUAUACCGUUUCAGGUGAUCCAACAUCCUUUUCUGUAUUCCUUGGGUAAUAGGUAUGGCACACAAGUGAGAUGCUGACAUACAUGCAACCAAACACUCAUGCACACAAAAUGAAAAAAAAAUGUUAUGGAAAUGAUCACAAAAAAGAAAGAUAACUAAGUAAUUACUCAAACCUUAUCCCAAAUCUCUGAUUAGGAUAAGUAAUAAAGAGUGUUUGACCCUGCUCACACUUAUUGAUAAUGUGAUUUUUUUUAUGAACAGGCGGCAAUAUUGAGAAAAAUGCUAGAUAAAUGUUUAAUAAGAUGCACUUGUAAUCUACUUUCUAUGCAAGAGGUAGCUAUCAGGAAGAACUGUAAAUUAUAUCAAUUAAAUGUCUAAAUAAGGUUAGUUAUUUUGAUAUUAAGAUGAACAUCUCACAUCCUGAUAUUCCUUAGAAAGAUUUCCUUCUAAACUUAUUGCAGAACACCCCAUUAAGUAUAUUCCUAAAUUAGUAGUCUUCAGUUCAAUAAUAUAGUGUGCACCUAUCUUAACGUGGCAUUGCCUCAUUUUGUAGCGACAGUGGUUACUGACUGUAACUAGGCACUGCAUUGUCAUGGACACAGGCCCCCACAUUCUCUCAUGCCUUCGAUUUACUCCAGAUCUAUUAUUGAAAGGCAAGAUUAUCAAGUGUCUCUAAAUAUAUGACAUAUAAACAGAAAUACAUGUGUGUGUUUAUCGAGCGAAAUGUGUAGUUAAAUGAUUUUUUUCUCAAUGCAAGCAUAAAAGGGGAGAGAAGUGAAAUUCAUAGUUUGCUUUAUAUCUUGUCAUCUGCCUUUAUCAAUCUGAAGCAGUACAAAGUACAAAACGGGAAGUAGCUUGACUGCAACAGCCCUUCAUGCUGCCCUAGAAUAGGAGGUCAGGCUUAACUUGGCAAAUUCAUCAGGGAAGGACUGUGUUGGAUAUUAUUGGAUCCUCACAAUAUAGAGCAUACAAUAUUUUGGGGUGUUUGAAAUCCAAAUUAUAGGCUAAUGAAUAAGAGGAAUAUUGUACAACAUUUUUAGAAUCCAUUAUCUCUUGGAAAAUGCAGCCACAACUGCAGACACUCUGGAGGUGGAAGUGCUCAUACACUCACCCAGUUUACAGUGACACAGAAAGAAAUGCUAAGGCAUAUACCUCAUUGGUUAACGUAGCCUUAAGACUUCAGAAAAUGUCUCAUACCAGUGUUUUCUUAAAAUAUGACUUAGUAUACCUAACAGUGACAUACACACACUUCUCUGUAGCUCCACUCCCCAUACCCAUGAAUACCAAAGCCUAAGCUAUGGCUGCCCUCUUCAGUUAGAACCAGGUUUAACUCCUGGCACAUCCCCUGCGGACUUUUCUUUAUAGUUGAUUCCAUACUGACUUCUUUGUAACAGUGUCUCCAGUUCUUAGACAGAACCCUGAUUCUCCUUAUUGGGACCAGAGGGUGAUUACCAGUGAGCUUUUCUUGACAUCUUUCUUGCCUAAGGAAUGAGAGUGCCAUACUGAGCAGGAAUAAUGUUUUUUUGGUUGCUGUUGUUAAUAUCCUAAGAAUUCUAUGGAGUUUAGUGUACACUAACUUCAGAGUGGAGCAUGUUUUAUUUUAAAUAAGGAAUGGUAAACGAGCGAAUAUAAGAUAUUACAUCUGGCCUAGUAACUUCUUGGUUUUUUUAUUUUUCUUUUCUUUUGUUUUUUCUGGAACCUUGUAUAUCUGCAAAUCUAGAGAUGUUCCUGAGGUCAUCAGCAAAGCUGUUUUUUAAACUAUCAGUUAUGAGUUAUCUGUGAACCUACUUUUCAUGCCUUACUGAGAUUCCAUGGCGUGAGCAAGUGAUAGACCAAUCUCUAAGGCCCAACAGAAGGUUUGCAAACAGAGAGCAGGGACACUGGCCUGCUCUGAGUCUUUGCCCAGGAGUAAAAGGCCAGCUGCUCAUUUCGUUCCCCAGCUCUCUCUAGGUGUUAUGGUGCAUAUCAGACAAAGAAGGCACUCAGACCAUUUAAGUGAUUCAGAGACAGCCACACACAGCCUCGGAGCCUUCUUACUCCAAACCGGAUGUCUCUUUGCUCUUUCCAUCCACCAUCUGUGAGGAAUGGCGGCCAGGUGGCACUCAGAGUGCUAAGUUUACCAGCUCCCUGGCCCUUACACUUUUUCUCACUUUCUAAAAACCGUCACUAAGCUGUUUCGCAGCUGUGUAAGCUGCUUGCUAACUUAAAUAAAAAUCUUUUUGCGUUUCUUACAGACUCGGUUAUAAAAACAAAAGCAAGACAGUCAAAACAGAAAGCAUAUACUGAUCUUAUCAGUCAUACUUCUAGAACAGUAUAGAUACUUCUGUGGCUUCUGGGAGCCUCUAAAGCACCUCCUAGGUCAAGAGGGCAGGAAGAGAGGAGGAGCAGAAUGUCCUUCCCUUUUGAAUUUGAAAAAAAAAAAGUCAUUAGCAGAUAAAGGCUGGUUUUGAGACCCCCUUUUACAUCCUAUAGAGCAAGUAGACUCGCUGACCCGGAAAGCAUUAAUCUUUGGGAGCCUAAUACUACAUCAAAUCUCUUUGUUGGCUACUUUCCCCUCCCCCUUCUAGGUCUUCUAUGGGGGUUGGGAAGACAGUCGUCCCUCCACUAUUGGGCGCUGUCCGCCUCUUGCCAGGAACUCAGCAGCUGAGAAUGUCCACGCUGAGGCAGCAGUAGUAACAGGGUCCUGUAUGUUCUCGGGGUCACGUCGCUUGGGAAUGGCCCACCCGCCUAAGGCAGGGACUUCUUGGUGGCACCCGGAGCGCCACCAGGCUGGCGAGUGGCGUGCACCGCUCUCUCCCUUACCCCGCCCCUCCCUCCCACUCCUCUGGGCCAGCGCUCCCCACGGUGACUCUGAAUUGCAGCAGCAAGCCACUGGCUUCUUACCAAAUUGGGAACUGCAUUGUGGCUUUUUUCUUUCUUUCUUUCUUCUUUUUUAAAAUUUCCUUCAGAGGGAAUAAUCUCAUCCCCCUUCAGCUGGUUGACGAUCUAGUGUGACUGGGGCGAGUAGGCGGGCACAUCCUUUUACAUGCUAAUAUUGCCCCACCUCCUUUGAACCCUCCUCAAAAGCGCCCUGCUUCCUUUUAUUUUGAUUGAUUUAUUUAUAAUUAUUUUUAUUUUACCUCCUUCAAUUUCCGUAUAGUGGGGAACCCUUCUUCGCUCUCUGUCCCUUCCCCCACCCCUCGUUCUCUUGGGAAGACAGACCCCGAGACGCACUGUACUUGCCGGCAGCAGUGCUUGCACCUAGGCUCGGGGAUGGCUGCACCAGGCGCAGGGGGCAGCGAUCACAGCUGCCGCUCGGUCUAGGCUGUCUAGGCAGGCUGUCGCUCCGAGCACUGGGUGAGCACCGAGUUCGGUUCCCCCAGCAAGCUGCCACUGCCGCAGCCCAAAAGGAAUGUCCCCUGUUCUUAAGGACCCUGACUGUUUUACACCAAUGAUUUGCCACUGCAAAGUUGCUUGCACCAACAACACUUUGUCGUUGAUGUUUGGAUGCAAGAAGUAUCGAUACCAAGAUGAGGACGGUCCACAUGAUCAUUCCUUACCUCGGCUAACUCAUGAAGUAAGAGGUCCAGAACUGGUGCAUGUGUCGGAAAAGAACCUCUCUCAAAUAGAAAAUGUCCACGGAUAUGUCUUACAGUCUCACAUUUCUCCUCUGAAGGCUAGCCCUGCUCCUAUAAUUGUCAACACAGACACUUUGGACACUAUUCCUUAUGUCAAUGGAACAGAAAUUGAAUAUGAAUUUGAAGAAAUUACAUUGGAGAGGGGAAAUUCAGGUCUGGGAUUCAGUAUUGCUGGAGGGACAGAUAAUCCUCACAUUGGAGAUGACCCUGGCAUAUUUAUUACGAAGAUUAUUCCAGGAGGUGCUGCAGCAGAGGAUGGCAGACUCAGGGUCAACGAUUGUAUCUUGCGGGUGAAUGAAGUUGAUGUGUCGGAGGUUUCCCACAGUAAAGCAGUGGAGGCCCUCAAGGAAGCAGGCUCUAUUGUUCGACUGUAUGUACGUAGAAGACGACCCAUCCUGGAGACUGUUGUGGAAAUCAAACUUUUCAAAGGGCCAAAAGGUUUAGGCUUCAGUAUUGCUGGAGGGGUGGGGAACCAACACAUUCCCGGAGACAACAGCAUUUAUGUAACGAAAAUUAUAGAUGGUGGAGCUGCACAGAAAGAUGGAAGGUUGCAAGUAGGAGACAGACUGCUAAUGGUAAAUAACUAUAGUUUAGAAGAAGUUACACAUGAAGAGGCUGUAGCGAUAUUGAAAAAUACAUCUGAUGUUGUUUAUCUAAAAGUUGGCAAACCCACAACCAUUUAUAUGACUGAUCCUUAUGGGCCACCGGAUAUUACUCACUCUUAUUCUCCACCAAUGGAAAAUCAUCUACUGUCUGGUAACAAUGGCACGUUAGAAUACAAAACAUCCCUGCCGCCCAUCUCUCCAGGAAGGUACUCACCAAUUCCAAAGCACAUGCUGGUUGAAGAUGACUACACAAGGCCUCCGGAACCUGUUUACAGCACUGUGAAUAAACUGUGUGAUAAACCUGCUUCUCCCAGGCACUAUUCCCCUGUUGAGUGUGACAAAAGCUUCCUUCUCUCAACUCCUUACCCCCACUACCACCUAGGCCUGCUCCCUGACUCUGACAUGACCAGUCAUUCUCAGCACAGUACUGCAACUCGUCAGCCCUCAGUGACUCUCCAACGGGCCAUCUCCCUGGAAGGGGAGCCCCGAAAGGUGGUCCUUCACAAAGGCUCCACUGGCCUGGGCUUCAACAUUGUGGGUGGAGAAGACGGAGAAGGUAUUUUUGUAUCCUUCAUUCUGGCCGGUGGACCAGCAGACCUGAGUGGGGAGCUCCAGAGAGGAGACCAGAUCUUAUCGGUGAAUGGUAUCGAUCUCCGAGGAGCAUCUCAUGAACAGGCAGCUGCAGCACUGAAGGGGGCGGGGCAGACAGUGACAAUCAUAGCACAAUAUCAACCUGAAGAUUACGCUCGAUUCGAGGCCAAAAUCCAUGACCUACGAGAGCAGAUGAUGAACCACAGCAUGAGUUCCGGGUCCGGGUCCCUUCGAACCAAUCAGAAACGCUCCCUGUAUGUCAGAGCCAUGUUUGACUAUGACAAGAGCAAGGACAGUGGACUGCCUAGCCAAGGACUUAGUUUUAAAUAUGGAGACAUCCUUCAUGUCAUCAAUGCCUCUGAUGAUGAGUGGUGGCAAGCCAGAAGGGUCAUACUAGAUGGGGACAGCGAGGAGAUGGGAGUCAUUCCCAGCAAACGGAGGGUGGAAAGAAAGGAGCGUGCCCGAUUGAAGACAGUGAAGUUCAAUGCAAAACCUGGUGUGAUUGAUUCCAAAGGGUCAUUCAAUGACAAGCGUAAAAAGAGCUUCAUCUUUUCACGAAAAUUCCCAUUCUACAAGAACAAGGAGCAGAGUGAGCAGGAAACCAGUGAUCCUGAACAACACGUCUCUUCUAAUGCCAGCGAUAGCGAAAGUAGCUGCCGAGGACAAGAAGAUCUCAUUCUUUCCUAUGAACCUGUCACGAGGCAGGAAAUAAACUACACCCGACCAGUGAUUAUCCUGGGCCCCAUGAAGGAUCGAAUCAAUGAUGACUUGAUAUCUGAAUUUCCUGAUAAAUUUGGCUCCUGUGUGCCUCAUACUACGAGGCCAAAGCGUGACUACGAAGUCGACGGCAGAGACUAUCACUUUGUCAUUUCUAGAGAACAAAUGGAGAAAGAUAUCCAAGAGCACAAAUUUAUAGAAGCCGGCCAGUACAAUGACAAUUUAUAUGGAACCAGUGUGCAGUCUGUGAGAUUUGUAGCAGAAAGGGGCAAACACUGUAUACUUGAUGUAUCGGGAAAUGCUAUUAAGCGGUUACAAGUUGCCCAGCUCUAUCCCAUUGCUAUCUUCAUAAAGCCCAAGUCUCUGGAACCUCUGAUGGAGAUGAAUAAGCGUCUAACGGAGGAACAAGCCAAGAAAACCUAUGACCGGGCAAUUAAGCUAGAACAAGAAUUUGGAGAAUAUUUUACAGCUAUUGUCCAAGGAGAUACCUUAGAAGAUAUUUACAACCAAUGCAAGCUUGUUAUUGAAGAGCAGUCUGGACCUUUCAUCUGGAUUCCCUCAAAGGAGAAGUUAUAAAUUAGCUACUGCACCUCUGACAACGACAGAAGAGCAUUUAGAAGAACAAAAUAUAUAUAAUAUAACACUUGGAGGCUUUUAUGUUUUUGUUGCAUUUAUGUUUUUGCAGUCAAUGUGAAUCCUUAUGAAUGUACAACACAAACUGUGUGAAGCCAUGAAGGAAACAGAGGGGCCGAAGGGUGGGACGGAAGAGACAUAGCAGUAUGCAGGAAGGCUUGGGUUUGCUCAAAGUGCCAGGUGUAGGGAUGAACCUCUGAUGGGCUCUCUGCCCUAGAGACGGGCAGCCUUCUCACCCCAGCAGAUGUCCAGAGCUGAUUUAGCUGCUGAGCUCUCUGUGUUUGCUUUAAGAAAAGUUGCCAGCACUCGAACCUCACCAAUCUACCCUUUACCAACCUCUGUAAUUGGUACACUUUGAAUUUUAUAACUAUGCACAUCCUUUGAUUUCUUAACAAGCAAAGGAAAUAGGGAAAACAGAAAGGAGUCCCUUUGGAGAUGACAUACCAUCAGGGGAGGAUGAUUACUUAGUUUCCUUGGCUGGCAUGUGCAAAGACCAGCGUGCCGUGUGUGGAGGACUAACGUUACUGAAGGGGGUUCCACCUGGCCUAGCUUUAGGACUAUCAAUUGUCUAUUUUGCCAUUUAUAAGCUGAAAGAAGGCACUAAAGAUGAGAAUAAUUUAUACAAUAAAUAUAUUAAAUGUAUAGAAAUGAAUUUCUAUAGGUUAAAAAGUUUUGUGAAAUAUUUUGUAAAGACUAACAGAAACAUUGAAAGACUGAAUGUCCGCACUCUCAGCAGGUGAUCAAAUUUAAGACUUUGAGGCUGCACUCUCCCUUUUGUCGCCAAUGAUCCAUUCAGAGCAUCUGAGUUCCCUCCAGGUCUGACAAAGACUUCCCCUUCACCCCUCUCCCCACGGCCAUGCACACUAGCACACUAGCGAUACACUCUUAUGGAACUUGCUCCUUAGUAAGUUGCCCUCAUGAAUAUUUUUGGACGAGAUUUUUGUUACAAUUCUUUAAGCCCAUGGCUUUUCAGAGACAAACUCAUGCAAAUAAUCGAAAGGGAAAGAUUGCUUUCCUCUAGUUAAGUAGCCUGAGCCAACCACGCAGAUAGUCAAAUAACUUUGUUCCUAGCUACUUGUAUACAGUUCAAGAACUAUUCAGUAUUCUGGCAAACCAUAAGUCAUUAGAAUUAUCUUUUCUUUGUUUCACAGAGCAAUUGAAGUGUUUUGUAACAGUCCAAGUUGGCAUUACAGGGGAAGAUCUGUCCUGAGAUGCACUAUUUCUCUAAGGAAGAGAAAAAAGAGAAGUUAUCUAGUUGGGAGUGAUGAGGGACGCACUUUGUUUCAGUAUAUAGGGCAAAGAGAACCACAAGAAAAGGACAAUUUAUGGCUUUGAGCUCAACCAAUUGAAUUGCCUUCCUUAGGGCUGCACCUGGACCAAGUUUAUUUUUCUAACAAUUAUACUAAUAAUGAUUUUAAAAGAGAAACCUCCCAGAGCCUAUAAGCUGAAACACAAGAGUUAGCUUCCCACUUUAGCGCUGAUGCUGUCGUCAGCCCUGGUUCUGCCCAAGGUGUUUUGAGAGAGACUUUUUAGUGUUAUUAAUAACCACUCAUGUCUGGGUUCUAUGCAUGCCCGGAUUAAGCCCCAUCGCCUUAUUUCUGGGGUACAUCAAGACCUGGCAGGGAUCCUGCCACACUGUGCAGUCAACCAGCACAUAGGCUGGAGUACAAGAACAAAAGACAGAGCCAUCAGAGUGAUGGGGCUUCUUCUAAGUUAGAACAUCAGAGCUUAAAACUGAGAGUCUCUUUCCAAAAUCAAGGGUCAUUCAUCUUUUACGAAAUACCAUCGUCUGCCCAGUUGCAGUCACCAAAACAAACAUUUAAUUGCAAAAAGUAAGCAUCUACCUAGAGUCUUGAGGCUGCCUUUGCCAAACGAAGAGGUACCAAGCAGCCACGUGUAUCUUUUUCCCUCAGUUUUCUAGAGAUAGCCUUAGAGGGCUCAAAAACGCUAAAAGAUGUGUCCACGUCUGCAACUCACCAGUUUCAGGUCACGGCCAACUUCCAUCAAUAUAGCUCUCAGAAGUUUUCUGCCACUAGAAUGCCAUUCCUGAUCCCAGCUCUCUUUAUAGGCCACCAUGAUAACUUCUUUGGUUUCUCCACUGAGCAUGCAACCAUUUACCUUAGAGGACUGUCAUUAAUGAGUAGAUGUUUUCUCUAGUUGUGUGACGUGCUUUCCAUUUGAUAGUAUUGCUGUGGCUGAGUACAAUCAAAUUGAACCACAAACCACUGGUUUUGUAGUAAUACAAUUAUUUAUUUUCCCAGUAUAGAUGCUUCCGGAUUAGCAUUAGCACUGAUUUUUUAUGUAGAUUUAUAUAAAUAUAAAUACAUAUAUAUUUGCUUGAUGAAUCACCAAGCACCUUGGUGAGAGGGUCUUUUCCUAUAGAAUUCACUCAUCCAUUUUGUUGUGUCGUCCUGCUCUUCCCAAUGUUGAGGUCUCUAUGGCUCCAAAGAACUGGUGUAUUUUGCAGCAAAUCCAAUGACAUAUAGGGAAAUGGCAUGAAAGUCACCCAGAUCACAUCUGGUGCAAAUGCACCUGGAGCCUUGGGCCAGAUUGGUGCUAACACUGCAAACUUUGUCCGGAGCUCUCUCCAAUCUGAAGGCUCGCUGGGGGCACAGUGUCACCUUCACAUGCUGGGCCCUUUCGGAAAAGUGCCAGAUCGUGUCACUGGUGCUAUUUUUCAUGCUCUGGUACAAUGUGUAGCACCAUGGGGGUCUCAGCUUUACCAAAACCGAAAUCCCACCUGUCAGCCAAUUAUUGCUGAGGCAUUUGCAUAUUGCUCUUUUCCAUGAGAUAGGAUGGCCUAUUCUUUGAAGGCCCUUUCUCCCAGACCCAAAUUCAGGGGUUGGCUCUAUCCACUUUGCAAACCCAUCUAGAUGAAGCUACACUCGGGUGCCUCUGUGAGCUGUCUUAGACCCUACUGCCAGCCCUUCAGGACAGAGUCAACGGAUGCUCUGUACACCUCUGGUUCUCAUCUCUUUCUCCUCCUCAGUUUUCCUCCUCAUCUCCUCUCAUCAUCUGCCAUUUUGACCUUCUCUUUUUAUCCUUCCUGGGUUGUUGAACUUGCCCCUCCCUCUCUUUCCUCUGUCUGUCUUUUUCUGUCCCUCUCUCCUUUCUCCAUCUCCUGUUCCCCUUACUCCUCCUCCUCCCAGACAUGCCCUCCCUCCCUCCUCUCUCAUCUCACACAGUUCUGGUCAUCAGUACAUCCGGCUCCUUAGUUUUCCUGUCCUAUAAAGGGCACACGGCUGAUUCAGACAGCAAGUCCACACAGUGGACUAAUGACAUAAAUACUUGGGGUCACCAUUUAUUUACUCAGCCCAGAAAACAAAGCUGAGUGUGAGGCCCUCACCUGGAGCCAGUCUGCACCACUGCCCCAGCAGUGCUGAUGCAGGAGCUGUGGGCCCCGGCACCUAACUCACUCCCAGCACCGCCCAGGCUGAGGAUGCUUCCUUUCCACAGAGGCAAACUCUGGCCCCAACAACUAUUCUAAUGAACCUCAUUGAAGCCAUGACACCGCCCUGGUUUGGAGAGAGAUUUUUCCCUCUAUAUUCUUUUUCCCGUUUCCAUGUGAAGCCCCUCUGCUUUUCAGCUGGCGAUUGCUCUGGUGAGACUGAAUGGACUUGCUAGCGAAAUGACAUCUUUUUUUUUUUUCCUGUCUUGGUCCUGCCUAAAAUUCCUACAAAAGAAAAAAAAAGCAUUUAAGUCAAGGACUAAGGCUAAAUUUAUUAUACUAAUGAGUCACUCCUGGGGAGACAUCAGUUCCCUUAAAGCAUGUGGAGUACCUCCUGUGACAACUGAUUUUCCAGGAAACUCCAUAGAGAAUUCUGUGGAUAUGCAUUAAUUAUUUAAGGGUAUGGUAUACGUGGUAUGCAUACCACGUAUACACAUUACCUGAGGUAAGAUUCAAUGUGGUUGGAAACACAUACACACUUCAGUCUGUAAAUAUUCUUCCUCACUGAAACCUGUGCUUCAGAAACCAUUUCUCGUACAGCUGUGCAGUUUAUUGUAGCAGCUGGAGACAAGCUAAGGCAGGCAGUGAAUUUAGACUAAGAUCAGCUGAAAGAGUAGUUUCUCCCUUGCAGCUCACAAGGACAGACAGCUAAGUGGCGAGGUUGACUCCCAAUGGGAUGGCGAACUUUUCUUCUUUUCAAAUUUGUGUUUCCUAAGUGUAUCUUAACUUCUGAGUGCACCAGGUUGUACCCAUUAGAUCCUUUUACUAUGACAAUUUUGUGCUUCUCUCUGACAGGAUGCUUCUCCAUCAAGCUGUAAUGCAGGAUGGGAGGGGAGGGAAGGAGGGAGGGGGAAUUACUCCUUGCCUGGCUGGAGUUUACAGAGACACUGCACAGCUUACACUCCUGUUAAGUGUAAAUAUUCAACACUUCCAUUCCAUUUGUGUAAAAAAUAAAGCACACACGAUUAUAAAAUCAAGAUGUAUAUUUCAUA